AUGGAGUCCACUGAAAUCCAUCAAACCGUCGUCAAGGACGAGCCCAUGUCCGACGGCCUGAAUGACAGCCUCGCCGAGGGCGAGCUGGAAGCCCCUCUUAAGACCGAGGAGGAAUACUCCGUCUCCGAGUUGACUCUGCGUGCUAUCGUGUCUUCCAAGGAGGCUGGUGUCAUCAUCGGCAAGGCCGGUAAGAAUGUUGCCGAUCUGCGCGACGAAACCGGUGUCAAGGCCGGCGUGAGCAAGGUGGUACCAGGCGUUCAUGACCGCGUUCUGACAGUGACUGGUCAGCUGCGCUCACUUGCUCGCGCUUAUGCGAUCGUGGCCAGGGGUCUUUUGGAGGGUGCCCCGCAAAUGGGCAUGGGCGGUGUCGUCUCUAACAACGGAACCCACCCCAUCCGCCUUCUGAUUUCCCACAACCAGAUGGGCACCAUCAUUGGCCGACAGGGCUUGAAGAUCAAGCACAUUCAGGAUGCCUCGGGUGUUCGAAUGGUUGCGCAAAAGGAAAUGCUCCCCCAGUCCACAGAGCGCAUUGUGGAAGUCCAGGGUACACCCGAGGGCAUCGAGAAGGCAGUGUGGGAAAUCGGCAAGUGCCUGCUUGACGACUGGCAGCGUGGAACUGGCACCGUCCUAUACAACCCCGCCGUUCGUGCGUCUCUCAGUGGCUCCCAGCCGAUCACCAGCAACCCCGCCCCCGGAAACGGUUACCCAAGCAACAACAGCCGCCAGUACAACCGGACUGGCAACGGUGCCGAUUUCAGUGAUGGUGGCUAUAACCGCCGGUCGAACUCCGACGCUGGGUCCCGCGGAUACCCCCUUGUGACGGAAGAUGGUGAAGAGAUCCAGACCCAAAACAUCAGCAUCCCCGCAGACAUGGUCGGCUGCAUCAUUGGCCGGGGCGGUACCAAAAUCACAGAGAUCCGCCGAAGCUCCGGGGCUCGGAUCUCGAUCGCCAAGGCCCCUCAUGAUGAGACUGGCGAGCGUAUGUUCACCAUCAUGGGAAGUGCCCAGGCCAACGAGAAGGCCCUAUACCUCCUCUACGAGAACCUUGAGGCCGAGAAGACCCGCCGCAGCCAGCUUCCCCAGGAGUAA